AUGCUUCGGGAGGACGCCAUGGAGGCCUUCACCCCGGCGGUGCAGCAGACGCAGGACAAGUGGAAAUCUCUUACCGAGAGCCACCCAGAAAUCUUCAGAGCGAGUUCAACCCAGGUGCUCCUCGCGUGGUUCGGCAUGGUCUUCUCUCACACCAACCAGUUCGGAGACUUUGCGGUUUUCGACGGGCAUACGCCAGAAGUGGUGACUUCAGAGGAUUUCGCCGCCACGGAGCUCACUACCAUGGCCGACGCCGAGUACGAAAAGAGCCAGAGUUGCCAGAGGUUCGACGCAUUCGUGAGCCAUCCGUGGGCGGCCGGGCGCAUGGCGAAGCAUAUGGCGCUGCUUUUCCACAUGAAUAUUAGGCUUGCUGUUGGCAGCAGCGUCUUCACAUGGGUUGCUGGCAACAUUGGUUUUCUGGCCACCGUUGGUUUCGACGUGACUGCGUUGGGAGGCGAGCCAAUGCUCGGGCCAGUGUUGAUCUUCUUACCGACCAUCGUGUUUCUUCUUGUCUUUUGGUUCGGCCAGCAGCUCACCUGCCACGUUUUCAAGUUGAGCGUGUGGGUAGACAAGCUUUGCAUCCACCAGACCCGUGAAGACUUGAAGAGCUUGGGCGUUCAAAAUUUGGAUGUGUUCGUUGCGGCCGCAGACCGUAUGAUCUUGCUUUGGAACGAGUCCUUCUUCUCUCGCCUGUGGUGCAACCUCGAGGUUGCUACCUUCUGCGCCCUGAACGGGGGGGCCGAUCGAAUUGAUUUCUGCCCCCUCUGGCUGGCCCCGUGGGUGCUCAACACGAUCAUGCUGGACAUUGUGAGCUCCGUCAUCUUUGUCAUCAUGCUUCCGACGUCGCAGAAGAUCUCGGACAGCCUUGGCCCAGAUCUUGGGCUGUUCGUCAGAGUUGUGGUCAACCUUGUCGUCACCUAUUUGCCCGCAAUUGUUCCGAAUUGUAUUUCUUUCCGCGCCAAGAUCCGCGCCACAACCAUGAUGAUGCAGCAAAUCGAGAAUUAUCGGCUGGAGGAAGCCAAGUGUGCAGUGGAGUCCGACCGCGCUGUGGUGGAGACCCAGGUCAGCACCUUCUUUUCGAACGCCGAGCUUCAGUUCAAGCAGAGAAGAAGCAUAUCCGAGAAGGACAACUCCGCCGUGCCUGAGGAUCGGGCGGCUCUCGUCCAGCCGGAUUCGGAGAGAGCGGGAGGCAGGUCGAAUCGACAGGACGGGGUCGAUAAUUUCAACGCCUUCAUGCGCACGGACUUCAGGCGCCACAUGGAGGCGCGGGUGGGAAGCGCCACGAGACUCCCCUAUUGGAUCUCCCUUGUGGUGUUCCUGCCCCUCAUCUUCUCGUCCAGCGUCGACGCCCUCGGCUGCGAGAACCGGGACUGCACGGAGGCCGCGGCGCUGAUGGGCGUGGAGAGCCCCCACCUGUUCGUCAGCGUGGUUGCUCUGAACUGCAUCCAGCUCAUCCAUUACUGCAUGCAGGAGGUCCGCGACGGCCCGCUCCAGUUCAUCAACUGCUGUGCCGCCGUCGUCCUCGGCUACUUCCACAUGGGCGUGGUCGAGGGCGCCGUCGUGACGCUGAACUCGAUGAUCCUGAAAGACUCGGCGUGGUGGGCGCCGGUGGCAUGGCUCGGGGUGAUGGCCUACCUUUCGGCCCUCAACUACCACCUCUUCCUCGCGAAGGACCCCCUGCCCCUGCGGCCAUCGCAGCACGCCGCGCCCGUGCCGCUCGCAGACGGCGCCAAGGCCAAGGGUGUCGCGCUCGCGCUUCUCGCG